UCCCCUGUGAUUUUCCAAAGCUGUGAGCUUUCAUUCCAGAUCAAUGAUUGGCUGGUUUGAAAUCCCAGCUCACGUGUUGCUGUUAUCUGUACCUGAUAGAGGAGAGAGGAGAACAGAGACCAGAUACAGUGAGAGACUAGGCUUCACUUACAUCUCUCAAUCACAAUGAAUAAUGUUUCUGUAAUAACAAUGUUUUUUCUUUCAGGUUUCAAUGAAACAGUCAGUCACAGGUUUGUUCUCUUUUUCCUCAGUUUGUUGUGUUACUGCAUCAUUUGCCUGCUAAAUGUUUCUCUCAUUGUGAUCAUCAUCUUGGACAGCAACCUCCAUGAAUCAAUGUAUAUUCUGCUCUGUGUCUUUUGCAUCAAUGCACUUUAUGGAACAGCAGGUUUCUACCCCAAAUUUCUCUGGGAUCUCCUCUCUGAUGUUCAUCUCAUCUCAUAUUAUGGUUGCCUUAUUCAGACUAAGGUGAUUUAUUCUUUUGUCUGUGGUGAACUGUCGAUUCUUGCACUCAUGGCAUAUGACAGAUAUGUGGCCAUAUGUCAGCCACUGAAGUACCACUCUAUCAUGUCAAAGCAAAGAGUCAUUAGGUUUGCAUGUUUUUUGUGGUUAACAACCAUCUGCAUUGCGGCUACAAAUGCCUUUCUAACAUCCAGACUGAAGUUAUGCAGCCCGUAUCUUUCCACACUCUUCUGUGUGAACUGGAUUAUUGUUCAACUCGCUUGUUUUCCAGCACAAACUAUAGUUAAUGGCAUAUUUGCAAAUAUUACAAUAAUUAUUUAUUUGCUUCAUGGUGUUUUUAUAGUUUGGUCCUAUAUGUAUAUCAUUCAAACAUGUGUAAAGUCUAUAGAAAACAGGGCAAAGUUCAUGCAAACAUGUGUCCCACAUCUCGUCUCAUUAUUUACUUUUGUUGUGGCAAUACUUACUGAUGUUAUAAGUAUGCGACUGGGUUCGAAAGAGUUGCCUCGGACCCUUCAAAACUUUGUAGCAUUAGAGUUUCUUGUCAUUCCUCCUAUUAUGAAUCCUCUGAUUUACGGUUUCAAACUGACCAAAAUUCGAAAAAAAAUUUAUAGUGUUGUUAUUUUAAAAAGAACUAAUUUUUGUUUUAUUCGAUCAGAAAAUAGUUUCACACACAGCUAAGUGUCACACCCAUUGUUUGACAUCCAUUUUAAAAUAAGUCCAAAAAAAUGUUUAAUUUUUACUGAAAUUUGUGUUUUAUUUGGAGUUGUCUGAAAACAUGUCUAUUGAUGUGAGCGGAUAUGAAGUUUUAUUAUUUAUCUGCAUUUCCCAGAUGAUUUACAUUUUGUAGAUGUCUUUGCACUAAAUGUAUUUUUGAUGGUCACCUGCCUAAUUACCAAAAAAACACUGAUAUGU